CCACCAGCCGUCAUGGAGGUUAGCAUCUUUCGGUGCACCAAUGUCGCGCUCACUUUUGCUCUUCAGGCUAUCCUGGACUUCUCCAGAGACUUCGAUGUCUCUCUCAUGGACCGAGUCUCCAUGGCUUUCUACAAAGGCACUGGUCCCGAGCAAGCCGCGGCUCAAGAGGUUCUCACUCGAUUCCAAGAAAAUACGGAUGCUUGGACAAGGGUGCCAGACAUUCUUGAGCGGUCGACGUUCUCGCAAUCCAAGUACAUCGCUCUACAAAUCCUCGACAAACUCAUUUCCACGCGAUGGAAGGCUUUACCCGAUGGUCAAAGACAAGGGAUUCGUAACUUCAUUGUCGGACUUACAGUCAAAGUCGCCUCCGACGAGGCCACGAUGCGGAAGGAAAAGACGUUCGUGGAUAAACUCGAUCUUACUUUGGUCCAGAUUUUGAAGCAAGAAUGGCCACACAACUGGCCCAGCUUCAUAACUGAGCUCGUCGCUUCCUCUAAAACGAAUCUCAGUUUGUGCGAGAACAACAUGAUCAUCCUGAAACUCCUCUCCGAGGAAAUAUUCGACUAUUCUGCUGAGCAAAUGACGCAAACCAAGAUAAAGAACCUCAAGAACCAGAUGUGCGGCGAGUUUUCUGAGAUAUUCAAGCUAUGCCAGGAGGUGUUGGAAGAGGCCCAAAAGUCUUCGUUGAUCAAAGCGACUCUGGAGACUCUGUUGCGUUUCCUCAACUGGAUCCCUCUUGGUUACAUUUUCGAGACAACGAUCAUCGAUUUGUUGCUGAAUCGCUUUCUGGAAGCCCCAGAUUUUCGCAACGUCACACUCCAAUGUCUAGCCGUUAUCGCGGCCCUCAAAGUUGGCGUUGAAUACGACCCAAAAUUCGUCAUUCUAUUCCAAAUGGUCAUGACCUCGAUCAAUCGUAUGAUCCCACCUUCAACCAACAUUUCGGACGCGUACAACGCUGCGGGUGAUGCGGGCCAGGAACUCGUUCUAAACCUCUCUCUGUUUUUGUCCAACUUCCUUUCCAACCACCUUCGCGUCGUAGAGGGAGAAGCCACCCGCGAUGUCCUUCUCAAUGCCCAUUUGUACAUGGUCAAGGUUUCUCAGGUGGAUGAACGAGAAAUUUUCAAGAUCUGUCUGGAAUACUGGCUAAAACUGGUCUCCGACUUGUACGAAGAAAUUUCGAGCCUUCCUGUUGGCGAGUCCGGAAUUCUUAUGGGCUUGAAUCUAGGCUCUGGAGCUCCACAGAGCAUGCUUGGGACUAUGUCGAUGCGGAAAAAUAUCUACAAUGACGUAUUAUCUAAUCUUCGGCUAGUUGUAAUCGAGCGAAUGGUCAAGCCCGAAGAGGUUCUGAUCGUAGAAAACGACGAGGGUGAGAUUGUCCGCGAGUUCAUGAAGGAAAGCGACACCAUUGUCUUGUACAAGUCGAUGCGGGAACUGCUCGUCUAUCUUACUCAUCUGGAUGUGUCGGACACGGAAAGCUUACUCACCGAGAAACUCGCAAAACAAGUGGACGGGUCAGAAUGGUCGUGGAACAACCUCAAUACGCUAUGCUGGGCCAUUGGAUCAAUAUCUGGAGCGAUGAACGAAGAAUCAGAAAAGCGCUUUUUAGUGACCGUGAUCAAGGAUCUACUGGGGUUGUGUGAAAUAAAGCGCGGGAAGGACAACAAAGCUGUUGUUGCCAGCAACAUUAUGUAUAUCGUUGGUCAAUACCCGCGGUUCCUCAAAGCGCACUGGAAAUUCCUCAAGACUGUCGUCAACAAGCUAUUCGAAUUCAUGCACGAAACCCAUGAAGGUGUGCAAGACAUGGCAUGCGAUACUUUCAUCAAAAUCGCUACAAAAUGUCGCCGUCACUUUGUGGUGCUCCAGAGCGGAGAAACGGAACCAUUCAUCGACGAUAUUCUGCGUUCGCUGCAUAGGAUCACUGUGGACUUGUCGCCGCAGCAAGUUCAUACCUUCUACCAAGCUGUCGGUUGGAUGAUAUCUGCUCAACCAAACAAGCCACAACAAGAAAAGCUCAUUGCGAAACUGAUGGAGCUACCCAAUAAUGCGUGGGACUCAUUAAUGGCUCAAGCCGCGCAGAACAUGGAUGUAUUAGCCAAUCUCGACAACAUCAAGAUUCUCUCCAAUGUUCUCAAGACUAACGUGUCGGCGUGCACUUCAAUAGGCAGCUUUUACCUACCUCAAAUUGGCCGCAUCUUUCUCGAUAUGCUGGGUCUCUAUAAGGCGGUUAGUGGUAUUAUUAGUGAAACUGUAGCGAAAGAAGGGUCGAUCGCCACGAAAACACCCAAGAUACGACAACUUCGCACAGUGAAGAAAGAGAUCUUGAAGCUCAUGGACACUCAUGUCAACAAAGCAGUGGAUCUGGAGUCAAUGAACGCCAAUUUUAUGCCGCCAUUAUUAGAAGCAAUCCUUGGAGAUUACAGCCGCAAUGUUCCGGCUGCUCGCGACGCGGAGGUGCUGAAUGUCAUGGCAUCAAUAACAUCAUGUCUCGCGAAUCUGUUAACACCUCAAGUGCCAGCCAUCCUCGAUGCAGUCUUUGAGCCAACGUUGAAUAUGAUCAAUCAAGAUUUCGCCGAGUACCCCGAACACCGCACGGGCUUCUACAAACUUUUGAAAGCCAUCAAUCUGAGCUGCUUCCCUGCCCUUUUGACAAUGACCCCUCCGCAAUUCAAGCUAUUCAUGGACAGCAUUAAUUGGGCCAUCAAGCAUACCAUGCGUGACAUUGCAGAUAUUGGUCUUGGUUUAUGCUUUGACGUGAUCAAUAACUUCGCUGGCGCAGAGACCACUGUCGCGAACGGCUUUUUCCAGCAAUAUUUCCUCAGCAUCGUUCAGGACAUAUUCUUUGUUCUGACAGACGCAGACCAUAAGAGCGGAUUCAGGCUGCAAAGCCAGGUUCUCCAACGCAUGUUCCAGCUGGUCGAAAUCAACGCUAUUCAAGUGCCGUUGUACGACCCUUCACAAAUGUCUGAGCCAGUGACGAAUGCGGUCUUCCUACGACAGUAUUCGGUCGAUCUGCUGCACAAUGCAUUCCCUCAUGUCCAAAAAACGCAAGUAGAAUCCUUCAUGGUGACUCUGGGGGAGCAACACAACGACAUCAACCAGUUCAAACUCGCCUUGCGGGACUUUUUGAUUCAGCUGAAAGAGUUCUCUGGAGACAAUGCUGAGCUAUAUCUAGAAGAAAAGGAAGCGGAAACACAACGGAAAGCGGAGGAAGAGCACCAACAAGCGAGCCGAAUUCCCGGGAUGCUCAAGCCCUCCCAGAUGGACGACGAAGACAUAUAG